UAGUUAGCUGGUUUGCUAAAGUAUCUGGUGAAUUAGCUACUACAUACAGAACAAAGCUUACAGCUGUGAUAUUCUGAUAUUUUAUUUCGGAAUAAAUUACUGACACAUUAAUACUUUACUCACUAAAUCGAGUCGAACAGAUUGUCUUUAUAAACAAACUGCUAACCAGCCGAGUCUGUGUGCUCGAUUGUUAACUAGUCUUCUAACCUGGAUUUAUACAGAAUAUGUCCCAGUGGAUAUGCUGUAAUUCGUGCUUUAAGUCUCCAGGACCGGAUAUCCACCUGGCUCUGACAAAUUGUGGCCAUAUUGUCUGCAACAUAUGCUUUCAGAAAGGAAAAGAAGGCGAGUGUCUGAUCUGCAAAGCAAAAUGUCAGCUGUCUCUGCUCUCAGACAAAAGCAGCUCAGAGGUCAGAGCGCUGUUCUCAGAUAUCAGCAGUACUGUAAUCAAAUACUUCUCAGAGAUAAGCAAGGUGUUGCAGUUCCAGGCAAGACACCAGAAAAGGUUACUAGCCCAUUAUCAACAGAAGAGUGAAAAAAUGAAGGAGGCUUUAAUCAAAAUGCAGCAAGAAAUGAAACAAAUGUCAACAAAAAUGACAGAGCAGAAAGCCUACAUAUCAAAGUUAGAAUUAGCUCUUCAGCAGCAAGGCUCCAGAGUGGGAUUACAGUCAGUCAGGGAUUUACGUGCAUCCAAUUGUUUCAAAUCAGGUUACUCGACGUCUCCAACUUCAUCUGCACCCAUAGUGACAAAAAUCCCCUAUUCCUCUCCAGUGUGUCUGUCUCGCCAUCCAUCCAGCACAAGCCUAACUGAAAACAUGGACAUUGACAGCAGGGCUUUUUCCAGUAAACCCUCAAUGUCUGGAAGCGUUUCCAGACUUUGUCUCAUCAGCCCACCACAAGAUGGUCGGAUAGGUACCAUUCCCCACAGAACAGCAAGUCAGAGCACUAUGGGUAGCCACGCAAUACAAAGUGCAAAAGUCAGUAGAGUACUUUCCGGUAGCCUGAAGGAACCCAUGUUGACGUCCUCCAAUAACAUGCUGUAUUGCAGAGAAAAACCGUGGGAAACACCAGUAUUCAGAAUGCCCCCAACUUACAAAUACCCCUCCAUGUCCUCUCUGGGACCUCCGCCCUGACAUGUUAUAGCAACGAUCUUAAAAUAUCACCAGUGGCUAAAGAACAAGGGAGCUAUUCUUGUACAGCUUUACUAUGAUGAUACCCUGGAAACACAACAAAUUAAUUUGAAGAAUUGAAGAACUUUUUGUCUUCCAGCAUCUGCAAGAGGACAAAAAUAUACAUUUUCAUGCCUACGUAUAACAACUGUAGCAAUUUGUAGCUUCCCCUGUAAAACACAAUAUUAACUAGGGCUUCAGGGCUUCAGGGUAUGAUAUAAUAGCCUUUAAGCGUUAUGCUCUUCUUCCCUUAAAUGUCUGUGUUUUCUGUAAUCAAUCACAGAUGUGGCAUGAGUGGGCUGUGAAUGAGGAUUUUAAUAUGCUGUAGAAUGAUUCAUUGCAUGUCACCUGCACCUGUGAAUCUGCCCAGAGAGAGUGUUUUAUUCUCCAGACACAUAAAUACCAUCACUGAAUUGUUUGAACCUGGUUGUGCAUUGAUGACUUGGUAUAUUAAAAUGAUUGCUUUGA